AUGGAAUAAAAUCUUAAAUAGAUGUAAGAGUUGCUUAUCAAUGAAAUUAUCAAUAAAUAGUAUAAUGAGGAUGAUUUUUAAAGUUUCGCUUUUGAAAGAUUUCCUGAUAAAGGUAAAAAUUUCUUAAAUUUUAAAGAUGAAUUAAAUAAGUGGAAUUAUGAUGAUUUAAAUUAAUUAGUUAAAGAAUACUAAAAAUUAUAACAAUAAGGAAUUAAUAAUAAAGAUAAGGUAAAUAAUGAAUAAUAAUAACAUUAAGUAAGGAUAUUAAUUUUUUACAAUAGAUAAAUUAAUAAAAUUAAGAUUAAAAUAUUAAAGAGGUUGAAACUCGUCCAUUAUCAAAAUAAAGUAGAUUAAUUCCUAAAAAACCAUCAUAAUAGGUUUUUCUAAAUGUGAUUACUGAAGAAUAAGCAAAAUUAUAAGGCUUUAAUUAAUAAGAAAUGGAAGUUCUAAAUUAGAUUAAAUAGGAGAGAUGUUAAAUUUAAUUUGUAAUAAUUCACAUUAAUUAUAGGAUAAAUAAGUAGUAUUUUCUGAAUAUGAGAAAAUUUAUGCUUGUUAAUAUCAAAAAAAAUGUAUAGAAGAAAAUUUACAACUUCAAUUUAAAGUUAUUACUAAAAAUAAUAAAAAAAUAAUUUUUUCAAAUCAAGUAUUUUGUAUUGAAACCUAACCAUUUAAUUGGAAAGUUGAGAGGACAAAAGAAGAUCUAUAGACCCUGGAAAAAAUUAUGUCAAUUUUUUUCCCAGAGUAUUCAGGAUGUAUACUUUAAUAUGAUCAAAAAUAGGAUUUUCAUUUACAUUUAGAGGUAAUAAUAAAUUUAUUUAAAUUAAGAAUGCUUUAAAUAUUUACUAUAAUAAACAAAAAACAAGAUCUCUUGAUUAUUUUUUGUUAUUUUUAAAUGAUGAAAUGGCUAAGGAACUCCAUUUGUAACCUUUUAGUUAUUACACAUAACAUGAGAAAAAAAUUAGAAAUUUUUAAUUAAAUUAGAUUUCUACAUCCUCUGGUUAGCUAAAAAUUGAAUUUAAUAAGUUAAAUUUUUAAGGUUAUCAAAAACUUAAAAAAUUCUAAUAACAAGUUUAUUAAAACUAUAGAAAAUUUGAAAUCAAAUUUUAGGAAUCUUAAUAAAUUAUUAAUUUAGAAAUUGAAAAAAUGAAAGUUUAAUUACAAACAUUAAAAGAUAAUAAUAAUGAUAUAGUAAUUAUUUUAGAUCUAUAUUUAGUUUAUUUAAGAUUAAUUUACUUAAAAAAUACCUGGAUUUAAUUUUGAUUUAUUUUAUGAUCAUAUUUCUACUGCUAUUUAAAUAAGCAAUAAUUCCAAAAAUUUUAUUUCAAGCACUAUCGAACAAAUUUCAGAAUAAUUAGAGAAAAGCUUUAAAUUUCUAGAGUAGCCAUUAGAAAAAUGUUAUAAAAAUGAGUAAGAACUUAGGAAUAUAUAUAUAAAUGAUUUUUUGCCAACAAGAAAAAAAUUCUUAAAUGACAAAGAUGUUUAAUAGUAAUUAACUCUUUAUGGUUUAAAUAAUGAAUCUAUUUCAGAUUAUUAGUAUGAAACUAUAUCAUCUAUAAUAAGAGAUGUACUUCCAUUAAAAGUUCAUGUAAAUUAUGAUGUUCUUCAAAAAUAAAAAGAUUAAUUUGCAUAUUUAAUCACAUAAGUACUUUUCGAAGCCUAAAAAUAUCUUUCAAAAUUAUUUAAAGAUAUUAACUGUAUCUGUAAAAACAAUUUUGAUUAGCUUACUCAAAAUAUAAAUAUAUCUCUAGAAACCAAAUAGAAGAAUUGA